AUGUCGUUAGUUUUGCGGACCCUCUUUUCUGCCACGCGCCCCCUCCGUCAGCAGGCCCAGUCCGCCGCCCCUCACACCGCCGAGUGGAUGCUGCGGGGAGUGGCGGCGAAGAUACCGCCGGCGGGGGUCACCGGCGCGCAGCUGCAGGCGAUGCUGGAGGAUGAGGCGCCGCACUUCCAGCCAUCUGCAGUGGGUGCCCUCUCACUCAAGGACGCCAUUCAAAGCUUUCCAAACAUGUUUAUAGUGGAAACAGACAAUACGGGGAAGUGGAUUGUCAAGUCGGUUGGUAACGCCCGCAGUAGCUCGGAAAUAGACAAGAGUGGCGCUCUCGGUAUUGUCGACUUUUGCCGUAGUAAUUCACUUGUUGUGCCUCAAGGCGCAUAUACAUCAUUACUUGUUGCAAUGCAGAAGACUGGUAUCAAAGAUAAAGGAAUUCUGCGAGAGUUAUUAAUGAGUGACGAGAUAUCACGGGUUCUUCAGGUGAAAUUAUCUCUUGGUUUGAAACCAAAGCGCCAACCUAGUAAUGCGUAUUGCUUUAUUGACGGUGAUGAAAUUGGUACAAAUGCUGUUCAACAGAUGUGGAAAGAACUAAAUCUCACUCAAGAGUCAACUCGAUUUGUAGCUAGACGUCCAACCUCAGUGAAGCACAGUGGUAGUGACAUUAUUGCACCAGAUGAUAUGCCCACUUAUGCCAUUUUAGAACUAAAGGCAAGGGAACUGGCCCUUCGUCAAUCUGUUGUUUUGCAAGACAUUAUCUACAUGUGUUCCUCAAAACAAUUUGCAGUAUAUGCCGAGCAUGUUGCUAAACUAAAUACAUUCCCAGAUUCAGACGUAUAUGUGUGUUGCCCUAGCAAGAUAAGGUUGGUUUCUAAGAAACAGUACGUUCCUUUGUGA